UUUACUACUAAUGUAUACGAUAUCCAAAAAGUUACUCCCACAUAUUUCUGAAAAUAUUUUUAAAAAUAUGUAUAAAUAAAUAGUUUAGAUUCUUUUUUAACGAAAUAAAAAAAAUGAAAACGAAGGAAAAAGAAGACUGGCCAACUCCUUUAUUAAGAUACUAGGAGAGGGCUAGAGGAGAGAAGCAUAAAAUUUCAUAUCUCUUCACUUCGAGACCUCAAAAACUCCAGAGGGCUCUUCACGAGAGAACUCUUUCUCCUUCCCAUCCAAAAUCUCCAAAAAUAACAUUAUAACCUUUCUUUAUCAAACAUCAUGCGUAACUCAUCAACAACCACCACCGGUACCGGUACGGCCGUGUCCGAGAACCAACAAUCUCGUACCGAUAUCUUACUCGAUCGCUUGUCGAUCAAAACUUUGGAACAACCCACAAAGCGUAAUCUCCAGCAUUGCGACAAGAUAGGAUCUCCUCCACUUAUGUCCGAAGCUGUAACAGAGGCGAAGUCUCUCUUCAUGCUCGCUUUUCCGAUCGCCGUGGCGGCUUUAGUCCUCUACCUUCGCUCCGCCGUCUCCAUGUUUUUCCUUGGUCGUCUCGGUGACCUCGAAUUAGCCGCCGGUUCACUCGCCAUUGCGUUUGCUAACAUAACCGGUUACUCUGUUUUAUCCGGUUUAGCACUUGGUAUGGAACCACUCUGUUCUCAAGCCUUCGGUGCUCACCGCUACAAACUCCUCUCUCUCACUCUUCAUCGAACCGUGGUUUUCCUCUUGGUUUGCUGCGUACCGAUAUCGGUUCUCUGGCUCAACGUCCGUAAAAUAUCGGUUUACCUUCACCAAGACCCCGACAUCGCACAACUAGCUCAGACAUAUCUCAUCUUCUCCUUACCCGAUCUCCUCACCAACACUCUCCUUCACCCCAUAAGAAACUACCUUCGUGCUCAAGCCAUCAUCCACCCCGUCACGUUAGCCACUCUCUCCGGCGCCGUUUUUCACUUACCGGCUAAUCUCUUCCUAGUCUCUUACCUCCGUCUCGGUUUAACCGGCGUCGCAGUCGCCUCCUCCCUCACCAACCUCUUCGUCGUCGCUUUCUUGAUCUGCUACGUCUGGGCAAGUGGUCUCCACGUACCCACUUGGACCGACCCGACAUGGGACUGCUUACGAGGGUGGGGUCCUCUGCUCCGCCUCGCGGGACCGAGCUGUCUCUCCGUGUGUUUAGAGUGGUGGUGGUACGAGAUCAUGACCGUUCUCUGCGGUUUGCUCGUAAACCCGAGAUCCACGGUUGCGGCUAUGGGCGUUUUGAUCCAGACAACGUCGUUUCUCUACGUCUUCCCCUCUUCUCUGAGCUUCGCCGUGUCUGCUCGUGUCGGAAACGAGCUGGGAGCGAACCGUCCCAAGACGGCGAAGCUAUCAGCGAUGCUGUCUGUUGUUUUCGCGGCGGCGACGGGGGUUACAGCCGCGGCGUUUGCUUACUCCGUCAGAAAUGUCUGGGGAAGAGUUUUCACCGGAGACGACGAGAUUCUCCGGCUUACAGCGGCGGCGCUUCCGAUUUUGGGUUUGUGCGAAAUCGGCAACUGUCCUCAGACGGUGGGUUGCGGUGUCGUGAGGGGAACGGCACGGCCGUCGACGGCAGCGAACGUGAACCUCGGCGCGUUCUAUCUGGUGGGCAUGCCGGUGGCUGUUGGUCUCGGAUUUUGGGCCGGUAUUGGGUUUAAUGGGCUUUGGUUAGGACUCCUAGCAGCGCAGAUUAGCUGUGCCGGUCUUAUGAUGUACGUGGUGGGGACUACAGAUUGGGAAUCGGAGGCUGAGAAAGCGCAGACGCUAACAUGCGCAGACACUGUAGAGAACGAUCUUAUUAAGACGGUGGCGAAUAACGACGCUGAGAGCGAUGAGGCAGAGCCAUUGAUUCGCAUCACGGUGCUUUCUUAAUUAUAAAAUAUGGUUAUAACUAUAUCCCCCCCUCUUUUGACAUAGAAGGAGAAAGUUUUGUCUUUCUUGAAAAAAAUUAACAUUUCUUCUUCUUCUUUUUUUUUUUGUAUUUAACAAUUUUUUUGUUUCGCUCCUUAUUUUUUAUGCCUUUAUGAUUGGCCGUUUAUAUGGA